AUGACAGCACUGCUUCGAUUCAAACAAUCGAUAGCAAAGCAGCUUUCAAAGCAAACUGCAUGUAGCCCACAAAAGCUGUUGACAUUCAUGCGACCUACAAAAUCCAGGAGAGAUGGCCAUAUAUCCAUAUCUCUCCCCAAGCUGAACACAUCGCUUGCCACACCCGUUGCCACCGAACAGUUAGACGCAUGGUCAAAAGUGAUAGCAGACAAGUUUGUACCUAACGAAUACAUUCAACAAGCCAGCCAGAAAGGAUCGAGCCUCUAUUUUAAAUUUGAUGAAACCAACUUUAUCAAGCACGUACUGCAGCAAGUGUACCAGGAGAAGGAGACGUAUGGAUGGUCUCACAUAGUAAAGCCUGCAGACAAGACAGUGUUGAUUGACUACAGUUCGCCAAACAUUGCAAAGCCAUUUCAUGCAGGCCAUUUACGAAGCACCAUCAUUGGCAACUUUACGAAAAGGAUACACGAGGCAUUAGGAUAUCAUGUUAUUGGCAUCAAUUAUUUGGGCGACUGGGGCAAACAAUAUGGGCUGCUGGCAGUGGGGUUUGAGAAAUAUGGAGAUCAAGCCAAAUUGAGAUCAGAUCCCAUUCAUCAUUUAUACCAAGUCUAUGUCAAGAUCAAUGCAGAAGCAAAGUUAGACAAAGAGAUUGACAGGCAGGCAAACGAAUACUUUAGAAGGAUGGAGCAAGGGGAUGCAGACGCAUUGAAGCAGUGGAAGCAAUUUCGAGAUUUGAGCAUUCAGUCAUACGCAUCGAUAUACAAGAGACUCAACGUGCAAUUCGAAGUCUAUUCAGGGGAGUCACAGGUGAAUCCGUAUAUUGCUAAAGCACACAAUCAAUUGAGCAGCUCGCACCUAUUGAUGCGCACAGAGGACGGCGCAUUGGCUGUGGACCUGGAAAAAUACGACUUGGGGACGGCCGUGGUGCAGAGAGCAGACGGCACCUCACUGUACAUGACGCGAGACCUGGCUAGCAUUCUGAUGAGACGAGAGAAAUACCCCUUCCAGAAAGCAAUCUACGUGGUGGGGAGUGAGCAAGCAGGCUACUUUAAGCAGCUGUUCCAAAUCUCCAAUCUCAUGAUACACACACAUCAAGAUUUGCAGCAUGUGGGCUUUGGAAGGAUCAAGGGCAUGUCCACACGAAAGGGUACCGUCGUGUUUCUGCAGGAUAUCUUGGACACGGCCAAGGAAAAGAUCAUGGAUUACAUGAAGCAAAGCAAAGAAAAGAGCCAAUUGAGCGAUAUAGAUACAGUGGCAGAUCAGCUGGCCAUGUCUGCCAUUCUCAUUCAAGACAUGAAGUCCAAGCGAAGCAAGGAUUACGAGUUUUCAUGGGAUCGCAUGACGGAUGCCAGAGGUGAUACGGGUGUGUUUUUGCAGUAUGCACAUGCUAGAGCGUGUGGCAUUGAACGGAAAUCAGGCAUUGCAAUCGAUCCACACUGCGAUUUUAGCAUCUUGAAAGAAAAGGAAGCUGUUCAACUGGCGCAAUCCAUUGCACAAUUUCCUGACAUAGUGGAAUCAGCGUUUGCCACUUUGGAGCCAUGCACCAUUGUCAACUACCUGUUCAAAUUAUCGCAUGCAACCAGUGCUGCCAGUGCUUCUUUGAGAGUGAAGGACAUGGAUACAGAUGUCUCUAAGGCGCGCAUGCUGCUGUUCUGGUCUGCUAGAGCUACAUUAAAGAACGGAUUGCAUUUGCUAGGCAUCCAGCCUAUAGAACACAUGUAG